AUGGCACCGCAAGCCCACCCCGUCCUCGUCGUCGGCGCAGGCCCGACGGGUCUCAUCGCCGCUCUAACCCUCCGCCACAACGGCAUACCCGUGCGCAUCCUCGAGAAAGCGGACAAGCCAUUCACCGGCUCGCGCGCGCUAGGCACCCACCCGCGCACGUUCGAGGUAUACAAGUUCCUGGGCGUCCUGCCCGACAUCCUGCGGCUCGGCACGCCCGUGCCCGACAACAGGAUCUACAAGUGCCCGCCGGAGGGCACCGAGCUCGCGAAAGAGCUGAAGAACCUCGGGCGGGGGUACCCCACGCCGGGCAUGCCGUUCUACAACAUGUGGGUGCUGGGUCAAGACGUGACACAGCGCGUCCUGCGCACGCACCUCGAGAAACACGGCGUGCGCGUCGAGUUCGGGACCGAGCUGCGCGCGUUCGCGCAGCACGCGGACCGCGUCGAGGCGCACAUCGUCAAACCCGGAGAAGGCCCGAACGGCGCGGAGGAGACGUUCACCGCCAGCUACCUCGUGGGCGCGGACGGCGCGAGAGGUGUGGUGCGCAAGGCGCUCGGGCUGCAGUUCGCCGGUGUGACGCGGGAGGACGCGACAGCCGUCCUCGGGGACGUGCGCGUGCGCGGCGUCUCGCGGGACCACUGGAACCGCUGGAUGAAAGGCAACGUGCCCGCCCUUUCCCUCCUCCCGCGCUACACGCACGACCCCGACGUGUUCGGGAUCAUCGCCUUUGGGCUCGACGCGACGCGCGACUACGCGCGCUUCGUCGAGGACACGGACGCGUUUAAGCAGUACGUUCGCGAGGUGACGGGCCGGCCGGAGAUCGAGAUCACGGAGUUUUUGGGGCUGUCGUAUGUCAAGUUCAAUAUCCGCAUGGUAAGCGAGUUCGGGAAGGGCAGAGUUUUCAUCGCGGGAGACGCCGCGCACGUCCACAGCCCCACUGGCGGUCAAGGAAUGAACAGCAGCAUCAUGGACGCCUUCAAUCUCGCCUGGAAACUCACGCUCGCGCACAAAAACCUCGCGGCGCCCGGGCUGCUCGCGUCUUACACCGCCGAGCGCCUGCCCGUGAUCAAGAACAUGCUCACAAUGACCACGGAAGUCCUCGACAAGGCGCUCGCGAACAAGGAGGGCGCGUGGGAGCGCGGCGCGCGCUUCUUCCAGCUGGACGUGCACUACCGCGGGAGCGCGAUCACGCUCGAGGACGACCCCGAACGCGAGGGCGCGCCGGACCCGCCCGUGAAUGUGUACACCUUCGGCACGAUGGGGCGGGUGAGGGCGGGUGAUAGAGCGCCCGACGCGCCGCACUUGCUCGAUUUGAGGAAGGGCAGCGUGGGCACGCUGUUCGACGUGCUCACGCCGGCGAAGCACACCGUGCUGGUGUUCACGCAGGGAAACUCGGCGGCGGAUAAUGUGCUCGGGGCGCUGCGCGCGUACCCCGCGGCGCAUGUGCAGUCCGUGGUGAUUAUGCCUGCGUUCGCCUCCGUGCGCGAGGACGCGGAACUCCCGGGAGCGGGGUGGGUGCUCAAGGACGCGGACCGGCACGCGUACGAGGGGUACUCGGUCGACCAUGCGACGACGGGGCACGAGGCGGUUGUGGUUGUUGUGCGCCCUGAUGGAUUUGUUGGGGCGAUCGGGAGGGGGGCGGGGAGUGUGCAGGCGUAUUUUGCGAAGAUUCUCUGUUAG